AUAAUAGCAGCUGGUUUUAGUUAUGGUGGACGUCGUUCAAGAAUAAAGAAGUGGUGCGGCCGAGAAAAAAAAAUUGACGAUUUCUUUGUGCUAUAAUGACUGCAGUAUGAAAAAUAUUCGCGAAAUUUCAAACAUUCUUUGUUCUGUUAAAUCAUAGUGAAGGCCAAUGUGUGUGCGUGAUAUCGAAAAAUUUCACUUUCGUUUUCUCUUUGUCGCUUAAAAACAACAUCGAAAUCAAAAGAACGAGCAACCAUAAUAGGCGAAGAGUGAAAGCACCGAACAAAGAAAAACCUGCACACUGAUUUUGUUGUUCGGAUGAACACGCACAUACACGACAUUUUCUGAAUCUGGCCUUUAACUGUACACCUACAAAAAUAGGCUCUAGUGCGUUGAUUUAUUGUUUUCUUUAUUCGACCAAAAAAAAACACAAAUAUUGAUUUCCAGUAGUUACAUCAUUAGUUACAUUUUAGAGUAAAAAUAGAAGAAAAAAAAUAAACAAACGCGCACAUCCGUCAAAACAUAAUCCAUACUCAACAAAUUGAAAGACGUGUUAACGUAGAGGCGACACCGUCGCAACCAACGAAACAGCAAUAAACGUAAACAAAGAUAGCAAUCGCAGAACAUACAGUUUGCUGUGGUGAAAGAAAGACAAUAAAUAUAUUUCAUUCGGAGUAUCGGAUCGCACAUUUACUACAACAAAAAAAAACGACAAGACAUUUUAUUUGAUUGGAUUUAUUUUGGAUUUUCAUCAGAACCGAAUUUGAUUUAAAUCGAAAGAAAUAAAAAAAACAACAAUUUCUGUUUAGCAUAGAAUGUCAUCCAGUUGUUGUGGCACAAAGAAACAAAGAAUGAAUAACCAACAUUGCAAUCAUACUCAUGCCAAAACAAAUGGCACCGCUGGUUCUUCAAACAGCACUCACAAUCAUGCCAGCAAUCAUAAUGGCGUUUGCUCAAACGGUUAUGGUGGCAUUGAACAAGUUGCAAGCCCAGAAAUGUGCUUCUUUUGUUUCGAAACUUUACACCGUAAACUCUAUCAUAUUGAUGACCCACCAGAAGCCAACUUCACUAACGAAGCCUACCCAUUGUUUGUGACUUGGCAUAUUGGAAGAGAUCGAAGAUUGCGCGGUUGUAUUGGAACAUUCAACUCGAUGAAUUUGCAUUCAGGUCUCAAAGAAUAUGCACUCACCAGCUCAUUGUCUGACAGCCGUUUCCCUCCCAUUUCUCGUGACGAAUUUUCCAAGUUGACUGUCUCUGUUUCAAUCUUGCAAAAUUUUGAAGAAGCCGAUAAUUUUCUUGAUUGGACUAUUGGUGUACACGGCAUCCGCAUCGAAUUUCUGAAUGAGCGUGGUAGCAAACGAAGUGCUACAUAUCUUCCAAAAGUGGCUUCAGAACAAGGAUGGGAUCAAAUUCAGACAAUUGAUUCUUUGCUCCGUAAAGGCGGUUAUCGUGGCCACAUUUCGCCUGAAGUUCGGGAAUCGAUUAAAUUGACACGAUACCAAUCAUCUGAAACCCACAUGACCUACGGAGAGUAUCGUGAUAUCUAUGAUCGUCGCCAAUCAUCCAAAGUUGGUGUAUGCUAACGCUGUAAAUUUCAUCAUCAUGACAAACCAGAUACAAACACAAAGUAGUAACCACUGCUGCUCAAAAUAUGUUGACUACAUUCGAAAAGAAUGCGGUUUGUCAUUUGUCAUGAAAAUACACGUUUAACAUAUUUCGACGAUUUCCCCUUAACAUUAAUAUACGUUCUUUUUUUUUCAAAUCAA